GGCCAGAGAAUGAAUGAUAAUAACGAAACAACUGAGGUGUUUUCUGGUACAUCCAGUGUAAAACGGAUCAUUGGUGUGUUUUCAGGUAAAGGUGGAGUUGGGAAGAGCACAACUGUUGCGGUAAUAGCUUUCAAUCUCGCUCAAAGAGGAUUCUCUGUUGGAGUCCUUGAUGCUGACCUGUGUGGACCAAGUCUCUCUAAGAUGAUUGGACUGAAGGGAAACAUCCACUCCUGUGAUCAAGGUUGGGUUCCUUUAACUCAAUCAGUUGGGGCUGGGAGAAUAUCGGCAGUAUCCUUGUCUUAUCUGGUUGAAAACCAGGAUCAGGCGGUGAUUUGGCGCGGUCCCAAGAAAACUGCUAUGAUAAAGCAGUUUUUAGAGGAUGUUUGCUGGGGAUCACUUGACUACCUGAUUAUUGACACACCGCCAGGUACAUCAGAUGAGCACAUGGCUGUAAUGGAAUGUGUCCCUAACUGUUCCGUCAUCCUCACUACCUCACCUCAGGCAUUAGCCGCAGCAGAUGUGUUGAGACAAGUGAGCUUCUGCAAGACGACCGGAGCUAAUAUACUAGGUAUUAUUGAAACACUGAGUGGGUUUGUGUGCCCGAACUGUUCAGACUGCAGUCUGUUAUUUAACCAGGGUGGAGGUCAGAGACUGGCUGAACACUGCAAGUUAAAGUUCCUUGGCUCAGUGCCAAUAGACCCUAACUUGUCAAUAUAUUUGGAUAGUGGGACUUUGUUGGAGAAUAAGGACACUUGUGUUUCUUAUCAGAGUUAUAGUGAGAUCGUUGAUAAGGUAUUAGAUACUUUGGAAGCUAAUUCAAGUAUUAGGAAUGCUGGAUGAGAGUUAUAUAUUACAGGAUUAUAAUUUUCCAUUUGAGAUUAUUCAAUUCUAUACAAGAAACUGUAUUUGAUAACCGGAUAUUAUAGUCGGUAAGAACAGGAAACUAAAAGUGUGCUCAUUUAAUUUGUGAGUUUUAUUUCCUGUCCCCUCGUGUAAUAAGAUAGUUUAUAGAAUUCCUGGACCAACAAGUUAUCGUACCAUAACUUACAUACUUUAAUGAGGUUUAGCAAAAAGUGUCAGGUACAUUUUAAAGUGGAUCGGAUUAUCCGUACGGGUUUAUCUUGUCGUGUAAUUAGGAGUUGCUGUUCCAUGAUAUGGGUUAUGAGGUUAGUGUCUAUUAUUGUGUUAUGGAACAAGAUAAUGAUACAGCGCGAGCGGUGUGAUUUAGUUUCAGUUUAUUUAUUUAUUUCCAGCCCCUUGAAAUUUAUUGCUAAAUAUCUCAAUAUAAUCUUUGUUGCAAUUAUGUUUCAUAAUUCGAACACC